AUGGCUCCCAUCCUGGACCCCAAUUCGGCCGCGAGCGUCGUCAUGGGCCUCGUGGACAGCAACUACAAGGUGUCCGAUAUUCUCUCGGUCAUCAGCUCGCUCGGAUACGCCGCCACCGCGCCAGACGCCCCCCCCCUGACACCGCGGAGGGGCGCGGAGCCAGCUGGAGCUGGCAGGGAUUGGUUCGAACGUGGGCUCCUGGCAGGGAUUGGUUCGCCGGCGCCGACCGUGCGAGCGAGUCCACUGCGGUCGAUUCGAGGCUCGGCCGAUCGUCGGGACCAGCGGCGCCUCGGAGGCGCGGUGCCACGGCAGCGGAGGAGCGCUGCGGCACCGACGGCAGCUCCGCGCGAACCGUCACAGCACGUUCCGGCCACUCCGACCACCCCGGCGCACGCCGUCCGAAGUAGGCCGCCAGCGACGCCCGCAACCGUCCGCACGGACCAUCUCCCCACCCUCCCGGACCCCGACUUCCCGGACGCCAACUACGCCCUCGUCCACCGCCGCACGCCCGGCGUCACGUUCACCCCCCCCCAACACACCCCAAGGCGCCCCGCGACGCCCCACGCCGCCCCGGACGCCGGGCCCGCGGACGCCCGCGACGCCGCCCGCGCGCACGUCGAGCGGCGCACCCCCGCGGCGUCGUUCGGGACGGCACGGCGCUUCCACCGCGGGGGGAGCAAAACGGCGGCGCGCGAGCAGCCGUCGCAACGACGCAGCGUGGCUGCGACGCCGGACCCCGCGGCGGCGAUGGCGCCGGUCCUCCCGCGCACGCGCGCCGCCGUGAUCCUGUCGGCACCGCGGUUUCAGGACCCAGGGGUGCCGAAUGUGGGGCCUGCGCCGGGUGACGUGGCGGGGGGGCCGGGGGCCGAGAGGGAGCGUCGCAGGCGUGUGCUGCUGCGCGCGAGACGCAGGGUCUCGGAAGCGAUCGCGCGCGUCGACGCGGUGCUCGGGGGACCUCGGGGCGGCGAUGCCGCAAGAGCUGCGCCUCAGCGCUCGCGUGUCGCGGCCUCGGGCGCCGCAGAGGAGCCCUCCGAACGGUCUGCGCCCUCCGUGGAUGUCUGGAAGGCGGUGCGGCCGUCGGCGAUGGCCGUCGGAUUCGGCCGUCCGCACAAGAAGCGAUCCGCCCCGCGGGGCGGCAGGGGGGGUGUUUCGCCCGAGGCCGACGCGGAGGGCCGCGGCGCGAAGGUCGCCCGCACCGACGGUCCACCGUCGCUGCAGCCCGUGUCGAAGGCGGUCCACACGCCCGUUUUCGGCCCCGCGGGUGGCCCGGCAGCACACGCCGCAGCGCUUGCGGCGCUGAAGGAGCGCCGGCGCCGGGCCGCUCGCAUCGCCCGCCACGGCCAGCGCGGAGGCCGCGCGAGUCCAGACAGGUCGCUGACGUCCGACACGGAUGCCGGGCCAGGCCCUGCGAGCUACGACAUAAUUGUGGCGAGUGCGUUCGAGUCGCGGGCGUCGCGGGUGCCCGCGGCGACGUUCGGUGCGAAGCCGCAGCGUGCCGCGUGGGCGCAGAAGAGCGUCGACCUGCGCGAUUACGACGCGGCAGCGGCGCAGGACGCCAUCGCGCGCCGCGUCCCAGGGGCGCCCGGCUUUGCACAAGUUCUGGGGCGCGAGAGGCGGCGGAGCGAUCCGGGGGAGCGCGGGACGUCUGAGAGGGCGCUGGACGUCCGGCACAGCGCGGUGGAGCGGCGCGGCGACGUUGGCGUGCUUGCGUGGCGGCGCAGAGAGAGCUCCGGGGGUCUGAAGUGGGACAGACGGCUGCUCGACAUAGACCCCGCGGCAGCGCUCGACGCCCUCGCGCCGCGCAAGCCGCAGUGGAACUUCGCGGGCCCGCUUCCGCAGCGUCCGGAGACGCGGAAACCCGCAGGAAACGACGAGGUACCCCUCGACGUCGACAGGGCCAUGCUGCGUGUGCGGGCGAACCCAUUCGCGGGCGGCGCGCCGAGCUUCAGGCGACUGCUGCCGCGAGAGGUGGCUCGAGGCGACGCAGACGACGAGGCCGGUCCGCCUGCAGCGUACUCGCUGGACGGCGGGCUGCGUGCGAUGCAGCGGCGCGCACCAGCGUGGGGCUUCGCCGGGGGCGCUGCCGACAGGUUCGGCGUCGACGAGGAGGACGCUGCUUCGGCGCGGAUGCUCCGGCUGUCGGAGGCCGACGCGGUGAACUCGCGGAUGAGGCGCGCGCCGGCGUGGGGGUUCGCUGGAGUCGGGGGCCCGGUAGAAAUCCGGAAGCCUGUCAGACGAGACCGGGAGGUGGGCAUGAGCCUGGAGCUGCCCCCAGGGAUGGGCUUCGGCGAGGGCGUCGUCGGAGGCCGGUUCGACAAGGUCAUGCCCCGCGGUCCGCUGGGGGGUGUCGACGUGAACAUCCCCGGCCUGGGUCAGCACGCGGACCGCCUCAAGGGGCGCGUGAAGGCCGACCUGGGGGUCUACGACCUCAAAUAUCGCCUUGUUGAGCCCGCGGUGCGCGUACCGGACCUGGAGAAGCGCCGCGGUCACCUCGGGAUGACGUCGGACGCACCGCGCGGGCCAGAGGACAUCCUGGACGUUGCGCGCGGCGAGCGGCUGCUGCGGCCCGCCCGCGGCCGCGUGCCGCGCUUCAGCGCGGAUCUCGGCCGCUGGGACGUGGCCCCGGGCGCGAGGGACGCCGCGGACGCGAUCGCGCGCCGGUCGAUGCCCAACCCGAACGCAGAUGUGCCACUGCGGUUCCGGUUCGGACGCGUCGUAGACUUCGACAAGCAGGUCGAGCGACCGGGUGUGCACGAGCGCGCGGACAACGCGCUCGGUCCGGGCGAGUACAAGUUCCCGCGCUGGCUGGAGAAGCUCGCGGGCGACGGCGUCGACUUCGGCCGCCGCGCAGCGCGCUCGCUCAACGCGCCGCUGCUGCCGGCGGACGAAGGCGACAUCCUCAAGCUCGAGCCCACGAAUGCGGAUGGCCUCGUCCGGCCACGCAUCCGCGAGGUCGCGAUCCCGAGGGAGCACGCGCGCUCCGCAGGGGGGGGGUCCGCCGAGUCAGGCCUUGCGCCCCUCGACGUCAGCUACGCCGCCGUCGACAAGCGCGUGCUCGUCCCGAUCUUCGACAAGAUGGGCGCGGCGCACGGGAUCGCCGUGGCCGCCGCGCCGGACCGGGAGCCGCUCCCGCAGGUGCCCCUGGGCAGGCUGGCUCACUUCGACCGCGACGGACGCGGGAUGCACGACUGGGCGCGCGCGGGGCAGCGGUGGCGCGAGGAGCGCGUGGCGAAGAGCGAGGACCUCGGGAGACCGGCGGGGGACCCGUGGGCGGCGAUGGACGCCCUGCGGCGCCACGUGCCAGGUCCCGGGGAAAUGCGACAUCAGCUGGGACGUUCGUAUGGAGCGCAGGAGCCGCUGACUGCGUGGGUGGACUACCUGCCGGACUUUGCGCCGGCCCUGGACGCCACGAAGCCGCGGCCGCCUGGCGCGGCGGGCACGAGCAUUGCACCGGCGUCAGGGGGGGCUGUUGGGGAGGGGUUGUUUGGAGGGGACUGGCGGGACCUGGGAGGGCGUGAGCAGGACGCGGCGGUGCGGCACAAUCCGCCAGGCGUGGCGCUGAAGAACGGCGGUGCUGCGCGGACCGAGACGGGCGGGGCGGGGGCGUCUGCUGACGGAGACAGACUGGUGCUGUUCCCGAAACUUCCCCAGGGGUAUUGGCCGCCGGAAGGCGCCGGGGAGCCGUUCGCCAAGGCGGUGGGGCGCGAGGACCCCCCCGAGGCGCUCCCACGCGAUGGCGACCGCCUUAUUCUGUUCGGCGUGGGCGCGGGGGCUGACGCAGUGCGCCGGAAGGCCCCCGGGCUGGUAUUCGCCAAGGGACGCUACGCCGGGCACGCCACGGGGAUUUACGAGGAGCAGCACCGCGGCACGAUCGAAACACUCCCCCCAGACUACCCCGCGCCGGCAGGAGCGGGCUACGCCGUCGCGCAAGCCCUGCGGCGGCAGGGCGAGGACCGUCGCCACCGCCGCGCGGCGGCCGCGGCGGAGGACGUCGCGCUAUCGCGUGCGGCGCUCGUGCGGGCGCACCGCGAGUCCCAGCACCCGCUCAGCGGGCCCGAGCCGUCAAGUCGCCCCGCCCCGCAGUGGGGUGCCGUCGCCUCGCCUGCGCUGUCGUCGCGGGCGCCGCAAGGGCCGCUCGCGCGCGCCGUGCGCGAGGCCGGCGCGGCGCCUGCUGGGACAGAUCCGCUGCACACCCGGCUGCGGCCCGAGCGGGCCCUGGCGGCCGUCCGCGCGGCCGCGGAAGCAGCGCGUGCGUCUGCGUUGCGGGCGGUGGCGCCGCGGGUGGCGGGGGGCGUGCCGGGCGCGGUUGGGACGCGGCGAGCUGCGGAGCGGAAUCCAGACAAAGUGACUGAGGCGGAGGGUGGGUGGCGGGGCCUCGACGACACGAGGAGACGGGCAGUUGGUGCUGCGCGGGAGGCUGCGGGGAGGCCGCGGGUCGAGGAGGCUCUGUGA